AUGGAGCGCCCGUCAUCGAAUAAGAAUAAAAAUUUACAAGAUUUGUUAUCUACUGAUGAACUCAAAAUUCUCGCCUACAGAAACAAGGUAAAGAAUUAUGGUUCACUUUCAAGAGAAAAGUUACUAGAAAAACUUCAACACAUUACAAAUAGUUUCAAUGAUGUUGAAGUGAAAAUUGAAAAAAAUAUUUCACAACUCUCUCAAAUCGAAAAAAGAGUUCUAGCUCAACGACUAGGUUUAAAUCCAAGAAAAUACAAAAAAGAACAACUAGAAAAUAUCAUUGAAGAAAAAAUCCAAAAAGAAAAUCUGUCCAACAUCAAACCAAAACCUGUAAAGCCAAAAAUUUCUAUUAGAAAACCUCUUUUAGAAAAAGUCAAGGCUCUUGGCCAUAAGAAUUAUCAAAAUCUCAAUAUUGAGAAAUUGAAAGAACUCUUGACCAAAGAACCAGUGAAAAGACUUUUGAAAUCAGAUCUUUUUAAACAAGCUAAAGAGAUUGGUAUUGAUGUCAAAGAAAGUAUGAAAAAAUCACUGAUUAAAGACCUCAUUGAAAAACAUUCAGAGUUAAAAACAUUCAAAAAAGUCAACUCUGCUUUCAGAGGUUAUGUUAAUCAUUUUCAAAUGGAGGGACUUCCUAAAAUGGGUGUUGAACCUUACUUGGAAAAAAUAGAACCUAUUCUUCAAGAUAAAAUUAAAGCUGAAACUCAGCACAACAGUUUGAAAAUUAGCAUUGUCUUAUACAUUUCAAUGCAGCGAAAAAACGAAGUUCAGGAGUUUCAACUGCGAACCAGAUACACUGUCCUUUUUGGGCAAGAGCUAGAUUAUCCCAAGUUGAUUGAAGACAUGUUAAAAGACUUGAAAAAUUUAGUUCAAAAGGGUUCAGGUUGGAAACUCAUCGAAGUAAUCAAGAUUGAACUACAUACUAUCAAUUACACACCGCUUUCAGGAUCAAGCUAUAUUCCUUUGCCAGAUAAGAUUCAAAAUAAAAAAGCAGUGAUUAAUGUACAAAAUUCUGAUCAAAAAUGCUUCAGAUAUUCUGUUGAAGCUUAUAUUUUAAACUUAGAGAAAAACACAGAGCGAGUGUCAAAUUACAACAAACCUGAAUUUGACCACAUGUUCAAAGACCUAGAAUACCCAGUUACCCUCAAAGAUAUUGACAAAUUUGAAAAGAACAAUCCUGACAUUGCGGUUAAUGUGUUUACAUUUAUUCCUAGACAGAAAGUGAUUGGAGAUUUUGAAACAGUAGUUUACCCAAUUUUCCCAGUUAGAAUUUCAGAGAGAAUUUUAUCAGAAGACAAGUACAUCAAUCUUUUACACUACAAAGAAAAUGACAACAUGAUUGACGAGUGUGAAAAAAUAGAAGACAUCCAAGACAAUGCUAACUACCAUUACACAUGGAUUAAAAAUUUCUCAAGGCUUGUAUCUACAUCUCAUUCAAAACAAAAAGCAGCAGUCAAAGUAUGCUUCAGAUGUAUGAAAGUUAUUUCAGCAUCAACGAGCGAACUCCUUGAUAAAAUGUAUCAUGAACAUCUUGAGAACUGUGUACAGUUUGAAUGUGUCAAAGUGAGUAUGCCUUCAGAUGAAAAUAACAUCUUACUAUUCACUAACUUAAAAGCACAGCAAAAACAUCCAGUUGUAAUCAUCGCUGACUUUGAAUCAUCUUUGAAGACUAUCGACAAACAAUUAGGUGAAAAAACAGUUCAAAACCAACAGCAUAUUCCAAACAGCUAUGCGAUUUAUAUUCAGUAUGAUCAGUCACAAAUAGCGAGGAAAAAUAAGAUGUUUACCUAUAUUCAGCAGGCAGAAGAUGAAGACAUUGGUGAACACUUUGCCAAUACAGUAACUUCUAUCUGUUCACAGAUUGGGAAAAAAUUUCUUCUCAACCCUAAGCCAAUGGAUGCUUUGACUCACGAGCAGCAAACUAGUUACAAUUAUGCUAGAAACUGUUAUCUCUGUGACAAAAUGUUCACAGAAAAAUAUUUCAAAGUCCGUGAUCACAAUCAUUUCACAGGCAAAUACAGAGGAGCAGCUUGUAAUAAUUGUAACCUUCAAUUUCAAACUCCAAAGUUCAUACCUGUGUAUUUUCACAAUUUGUCAGGCUAUGAUGCACAUCUGUUUGUGAAAAAUUUAAAAGGGAGACUGAAUGUCAUCGCCUCAAACUCUGAAAAUUAUAUAUCUUUCAGCAAGGUUUUACCUAUCAAUGAUGAUGAACAAAUUGAAAUAAGAUUCCUUGACUCUUACAGGUUAAUGCAGUCUUCACUAGCAAAUCUAGCUAAGAAUUUGCCUAAUCAGCAAAUGAAAAAUUUAGCUAAAAAAUUUAAUGGUGAACACUUUGACCUCGUAACAAGAAAAGGUGUCUAUCCGUAUGAAUGGGUAGACUCCUACGAAAAAUUUCAGAGUCAACAGUUACCAUCCAUUGAAGAAUUUUAUUCCACCUUUAACAGCACCAAAAUUUCACAAGAGGAGUACCUACACGCUCAACAUGUGUGGGAUAGGUUCAACUGUCAAACCUUUGAAGACUAUCACAAAAUUUAUCUUGAGACAGAUGUUCUACUCCUAGCUGACAUUAUUGAAAAUUUUAGACAGACCUGCAUGGACAUCUAUAAUUUAGAUCCCGCAUUCUUCUACACAUCACCAGGUUUGUCAUGGCAAGCGAUGCUAAAAAUGACAAAAGUUAAAAUCGAACUCCUCACAGAUGUGGACAUGUACAACUUCUUCGAACUAGGUAUUCGUGGUGGAAUAUGUCAAGCAAGUCACAGAUAUGGCAAAGCAAAUAAUCCAUAUUUAGAAAAUUUUGACUCAGAAAAACCUACAAGUUACAUCACCUAUGUUGAUGCGAAUAACUUGUACGGUGUCGCGAUGGGUCAAGAUUUACCAGUGAGAAAGUUUAAAUGGAUGAAGGACUUUUCCAAGUGGCGACAAAUUCCAUGCACACUUGAAGUGGAUUUAGAAUAUCCUAAGCAUUUACACAAUUUGCACAAUGACUAUCCUCUUGCUCCUGAGCACAAGAAUGACAAGCUCAUUCCUAACCUGCAAGACAAGAAAAACUACAUUGUGCAUCACAAGGCCUUGAAGUUCUAUUUGAGUCAAGGUCUCAAAUUGAAAAAGAUUCACAGAGGUAUUUCAUACGAAGAGUCUAACUUCUUGAAAGAAUACAUUGACUUAAACACAAGUCAACGUGCAAAUGCCAAAAAUGACUUCGAAAAGGACUUCUUCAAAUUGAUGAAUAAUGCGAUAUUUGGCAAAACUAUGGAGUCCGUCAGACGUAGAAAAGACAUUACCUUAGCCACAACUGUCAAUCAGCUUCGAAAUUUAGUCAAUUCGAACAACUAUAGAAGUCACAAAAUCUUCUGCAAAGAUCUAGUCAUGGUAGAACGACAAAAAGCAGAAGUCUAUCUCAAUAAGCCAAUAUUUAUGGGACAGGCCAUUUUAGACCUCUCUAAAGAGCAUAUGUAUGACUUCCAUUACAGUCAUAUGAUGAAAAAGUAUGGUGACAAAGCACAACUGCUUUACACUGAUACAGAUUCACUAGUCUAUAACAUUCAGACUGAUGAUAUCUACAAAGACAUGCAGAAAGAUGCUCACUUGUAUGACUUCUCUAAUUUUCCUAAAGACCAUGCACUGUUUUCAGAAGCGAAUAAAAAAGUCAUUGGCAAAUUUAAAGACGAAGAAGCUGGUCAUGUCAUCACUGAAUUCAUCGCACUCAGAUCAAAACUAUACAGUUAUACAACUGACAAAGACGACGAAGUCAAAAAAUGUAAAGGAAUUAAGAAGAACGUAGUCAAAAAUGAGAUUUCCUUUGAAGAUUACAAACAAGUGUUGUUGGAAAAAAUUCCAAUUGAAAAAAGCAUGAAUGUCUUUAGAAGUCGAAAUCAUCAACUUUACACAGAAAAAGUGAGCAAAGUAGCUUUAGAUGCAAUGGAUACAAAAAGACAAAUUUUAGAAGAUGGCAUAAGUACUUUAGCUUUAGGACAUUACGACAUUGUAAAUAAAUGA